AUGUCCCAAUCCGGCCCCAAGAUGGAAUCUCCCGCGCCUUUCCGAUGGUCUACUGAUGCUUUUGACAUCGACUUUGUUCUUGACACGAAAAAUGUGGUUGCUAUACGUCGUAUCACACCAAAGGGAAAAGACUUGAAACAGGGAGCAACGGCAAUCCCUUCAUCCGAUACCCCUCUCAUUAAUGUCAAGCUGGUUGGUGAGGGCAACACUUCCACCAAGACUGCCAAAUCUUUGAUAGGAAGCUACCUUUCUGCCCGAAUGCGGUACAAAAGUCAUGAAACUCAUAUUGAGGGCUCUGAGAAAUCCCUUGUUAUUGACACCGCGGACGACGUAACAAAAGUUCACAUUUCAGUGCGCCUCGUUGUUUAUGGCAAUAUCCCUGUACUUCGCUCAUCAGCCACUGUUACGAACCAAUCUGACGACGCUACGACUUGCGUCACUCAACUCUCGUCGUUAGAGGCCCAGUGGUCGAACCACACCCUGCCUGAACUCGGCAUCGACUUGAAUGGAAUCUGCGAGCUUCCUGAUGGACACACGAGCUCUCAGGCUAGCUUCAGUCUCCAAAACCUGGGCUCAUUCUCCACUGGAACCCAUCUACCAAUGGGAAUCCUGAAAUCCAAGCACGAUACGGAUACCUGGCUGUGGCAAGUCGAGCAUAACGGUUCCUGGAGGUGGGAGGUUGGCGAUUAUAAAGACAACCUCUACCUUGUUGCAGGCGGGCCUGUUGGAGUCGCCCAUGACUGGAAGUUGGUCCUCGGCCCCAAGUAG